UCAUUCAUAAUCAUCCACAACCAAUGCAAGUGACCACAAAAGAUCGCCGGCAGUACUUUGUAAAAUACUUUAUAGUGUAGGCUAAAUCUGCGUCUUGUUUCGUGCAAGUACAUAAGAUGCUCCAGCAUUACCUGUACUAUCCGGACGUCCGCUACUAGUGACGUUCGCGGACAGCGGUUGUUGAAGUUUCUUUAAAGCUUCUGAAACGAGAGUGCGUAGCAGAGUUGUACGAACCAUCCAGACUGUUAUCUUAUAGCAUUUGUGACUAUCCAAUCCGAUAAGAGUAACAGCAGAACGAAAGCACAAUGUUCGAGAAGGAUAUCCUGAGUUCACUGAAGCUCAUGUUAGACCACGCUAAGGGUGAUCGCAAGAUCUCUUCUGAAGUAAACUGUGAAGGGUAUUCGCCGAAAAGAGCUAGAGAUAUCAUGGCGCCUAGAUAUGAAGAUGCUAUCAACAUCACUUUUAAAAGCGAGGACCGAGGUUCUCCCAUGAAAGCUGCUUUCGGAACGUCUUCCGACUCAUGCUGUUGCCCACCUCUCUCACAGACAAAGGAGGUGCGAACUGAAGUUACUCCGGAUCUUCUUGCGAAGAUCCUCAAGUCAACAGCCAAAGCAAAGCAUAUUAAUCUUACUCAAGAACUUGCUCUUAAAGGGAAAGCGGCCGACGCGUGCGCCAAGUGCUCUUUUAUCACAGCGACAAACAUAAGAAAACUGAAAUCUAGCUGUCCAUCGAUGAAAACACUUCAGCUUCAGAACCUAAACCUCAGGGCGAAACAGAAGAGUCGGCGUGUACGUCUGGCUGACUUUCCUGCGAACAUUGAACGUGUGUCGGUGCGUGGCUCGAUGUUCGAGCCCAAAAGUUUUUUCUCAAAAAUGACCGAUGAAUCCUCUAAGUCUGCUGCACUGCACAAGCUCAGUAAGCUCCGCGUUCUUGAUGUUGGACGGGCGGUGUUUUUGGAAGGAAAUACGGGAUCCGACAACUCGAUUUUUCCUCCUGAACGUUCAUGGCCAGCUAUAGACAGUCUAGAAGAGCUUUACCUUGAGGGAGCACCCCAUCUGAAGUCAGCGAAAUUUCUGGAGACAUUGCUCAGAAACUACCCCAAUUUGAAGGUGCUCGAUCUCGAGGGCACCGAAAUUAGCGAAGGCGAUUUGGUGACAAUCGCUCGCCAUGCGCCGGACCUUCGCGAACUUUAUGUUGGGUACACAUCAUUAAAAGACUCCUCUAUUAUUGCUCUAGAAAACAGUCGCACAUCCGGUUCUGCUGGCAGUUGCCUGGAUAAACUGGAAGUUAUUUGCCUUUGUGAGACAAAUGUUAGCGAACUUGGACUCGCCAGUUUUGUCCGCACUUGUCAGUCUCUGCGACGGAUUACGGUCAAGCGAUCCAAGGUCAGCGAAGAAGCAGCAAAUCGUGCAAUGAAAGUUCUACCAGGCCUCAUUGUACACCGCGUCGAAAAUAUUCAUAUUUACGCGGUAUUCCGUAACCAAGGCUGCGCUCACUUCAGUCUCAAACAUGACUUAGCUGUCACGCCGAGCGUAACGACGCCGGUCGCAGCUUCCACUACGACGUCAAUUGUAGCACAUUAAUAUGGCCAUUACCAAAAAGAAUAUUCUAACCUUGUAGCGAAUUUUUCGAAAUACUGUCCUGACAUGUUGAAGGUGGCACAUAUCGAAAUAGGACGGCAAGGUCUACGUGAAAUAAGCUGAUCGCGCUGCAGGCAGCUGCUGGCUAAAUCAUGUAUGCAUUUUGGAUAUAACAUAACAUCGAAUGAGGUCUACGUCAAAAAGCAUUAGAUCGCAAUCUAUUGAUCCGUAAGAACGUUUUGUGAGAUAUGGUUGUAACAUUGUAAUAUUAGUCACUGUACAUGACAUCUUUACCUAUUUAAACAGUACCUAGGAUAUACACUAACGUUGUGAAGGAUAAUGGAAGAACAUUUCUAUCGGUGAAUAGAAACUGAUAUACACAAUAACGAAAAACUAGCGACUGCAAGACACUGUCUUUAGUGGUCUGAAAAAAAAAAGCAAUAUGAUAAGUGCUCAAUGCGAUACAAUGAAAAGCGACCAUAAAUCAUACAGUCACACCCGAAGCUACCUAGGUAAACAUGGGACACAAUAGUAACAGAAAAGAGUGUCGUAACUUAUAAAUGAUUAAAUCAAUAA